AUGGGGGGCUUGGAUGGUGAGCAAAAACUAUUGAUCAAGAAGUUGGUCAAUUUUCGCAUGAAAGAAGGUAAAAGAACGAGAGUUCGUGCUAUUGUUUAUCAAACUUUUCAUCGCCCAGCUCGAACUGAACGCGAUGUAAUCAAACUUAUGGUUGACGCCGUAGAGAAUAUAAAGCCCAUAUGCGAAGUAGCAAAAGUAGGAGUAGCGGGUACUAUUUAUGAUGUCCCUGGGAUUGUAGCCAGGGAUCGUCAACAAACCUUAGCUAUUCGUUGGAUCCUUGAAGCAGCUUUCAAACGACGUAUAAGCUACAGGAUAAGCUUAGAGAAAUGUUCAUUUGCUGAGAUACUGGAUGCUUACCAAAAGAGGGGAAGUGCACGUAGGAAAAGGGAGAAUCUUCAUGGACUGGCUUCCACCAAUCGAAGUUUCGCGCAUUUCAGAUGGUGGUAA